GGUCCGGACGUGACAUAGCUGCGCAUCAUCUCUCCUCCUCUCUUCGGCUUAGUUACCUUACAGACAUCUGCAGGUACUGGUCCCGGAGCAGCAGAGCAGAGUCCUGGUCCACGAUCUGAACCAGGGGAAAGAAAUGUGGCUGAUCGUGUUGUGUGCCAGUUUACUUCACUACGCCUCGGCCUACGAUGUGGAUCUGAAGAAACUGGACGGGCUGGCGAAAGCGAGGGUGGAGACGUGUGGUGGAUGACAGCUGAACAGGCUCAGGGAGGUCAAAGCCUUUGUGAUCCAGGACAUUCCUCUUUACCACAACCUGGUGAUGAAGCACAUUCCUGGGGCCGACCCAGAGCUUGUCCUCCUGAACCACUAUUACGAAGAGCUGGAUCGGAUCGCCCUGUCUGAUAUGACCCGCUCUGAGAUCAACGAGCUGCUGGAGAAGCUGGGCUUCUACAAGAAGGCUCAACCUGAAGACAAGGUGCCAGAGGAGUUCCGCUUCUCUCCUGCCAAAGACAGCCCGUUUAAAGACGAGCUGGCGUACAAACCCUCCACUUCCUCUCUUGCCACAGAAAACACCUCCUCAGAGCCCAACGCAGAAAUCAAGCAUACUGAUCUAUAACCUGUCAGAGUGGAGAAAAGUAGGAAUCUCACAGUACCACUCUGCCCCAUAGCUGCUCCACGACCAGCUGGUUACUGCAGUCGAUCACAUAAAUGCUUGUCAUUUCAAAAUAAGGCCAGCAGAUCAUGGAUCAGCCCUUGGGCAAAGACAAAAUCUUAGCAUCAGCAAAAGGCCUUUUAAAAGGUCCACUGAAUUUGCACAUAUUGUUGUUUGUUCUUUGUUUUGGCAGCGAUAAUAACUCAACAGGCUGCUUUGUGAGUGCUUUUCUACUCCCCACACAAAGACUGGAAGUGUGUAUGUUUUAUUUUGUGUUUUGGUCCAUCAUGCGUCAGCUGACUUCAGGAUCUUCACCUCACUUGAGCUCUCUUGUGUGUCUGAUUGCUUCCUACCUACUGUGAAACUAAAUGAAGCCUCAGGCUGAAAACCGUCUGACUGGCCGGAGGUUGAUGCUACAUGUUCUGGUGGGUUGGGCUGAUACACACAAGAGGAUUCAAGUGGAAGGGUUGUAAAAGAGGAAAAUAAUAAAAUAUUUUAAACAAA